AUGUUGGAUAAAGUAAAACACAUUAUUUUGGUGCUGUCUGGGAAGGGUGGUGUUGGUAAAUCAACCGUCAGCACCCAACUAGCGCUAGCUCUAACGGAAGCAAACCACAAGGUGGGUCUGCUCGAUAUCGACCUUUGCGGGCCAUCCGUGCCGUAUUUACUUGGCCUAGAGGAACACGACGUCCACCAGUGUGAUGAGGGCUGGGUGCCGGUGUAUACCAACGCCGAGAAACAGCUGGCCGUCAUGUCGAUAGGAUUUUUGCUUAAAAAUCGCACCGACGCCGUCAUCUGGCGGGGUCCCAAAAAGACCGCAAUGAUUAAGCAGUUUCUGGAGGACGUAAACUGGGACGAGCUGGAUUAUCUCAUCAUUGACACGCCACCGGGCACUUCCGAUGAGCACAUCACCGUGAUGGAGUGCUUGAAAACGGUUAACACAGACGGUGCGAUCAUUGUGACCACACCGCAGGAGAUGGCACUCGAGGAUGUGCGCAAGGAGGUGACGUUCUGCAAGAAGACAGGCAUUCCCAUUCUGGGUAUCGUCGAAAACAUGAGCGGGUUCGUGUGCCCCAACUGUUCGGAGUGUACGAACAUUUUCUCUUCCGGCGGUGGUCAGUCACUGGCGGAAUUGGCCCAGGUGCCCCAUCUCGGUACGCUACCGAUUGACCCACGGGUGGGUGAACUGGCCGGCACCGGAAAAUCGUGUGUACGCGAGCUUCCCAACUGCACAACGACUGAGGUGUUGCAGAAGAUUGUACGAACAAUAACGGUUGGGGCGGAAUAA